CUCCUUGUAACGUGUUUGAGACUCAGUUGGAGUGUCAGUGAUUCAGUGACACGGACAGAAACAUCAUCCUCAUCAUCAUCAUCACCACAGUUACUGUACCAGCUUUACGAACACUUUCACUUACUGGAAACUUUUAUCAUUCCUAGCGAGGAAGUUUGUAGGAAGUUUGUAUAUCAAGAGAGUCUCAUUUGAUCCGCUUCUGGAUUUAUUUGGACUUUGCGCAUCUGGACGUUCAUGUUAGAGACGCUCGAGACUCUGUAAACUUCGCCAAAGCGCGUCACAAUGUGUCACCGGAGUUUGUUGUGCAUUUUGAGUGUGCUGGGCUUCUGCGCUCGGGUGGCUGGGGCUCACGAAUGCGCACCGUGCGCGCUCCGCUCGUGCCCGCACCUCGGCGCGCUCGGGUGCGGUUCGGGCCGGGUUCUGGCCCGUGACCCGUGCGGCUGCUGCGAGCAGUGCUCUCGGCUGGAGCUCGAGCUGUGCGGCGGGCCGGACUGGACUCUGGGCUACUGCGGCUUCGGACUCACAUGCGCCGCGCUCAACAGAACCGGACCGGCGCUCAUACCUGAGACAGGUGUCUGCAGAGUGGUACCCGAUGCGGACGCAGACAUGGAGGACGAGCGCUGCCCCCUGGUGAGCGGCUGUGAUCGUGUGGACGGACGGUGUGUGUGUGAGUCCAAACGCUCCUGCAUCAGAACCUACAGCUAUCCCGACAGAGACGCAUGCGUGCAUGCUGGGAAAACAGGGUCUCGCCGUCACGAACACAGACACAAGUUUGUGGGCCCCGCGAACCCGGCGUGUGUGUUUUCUGGCUGUAAUCUGACGGCCGACGGCUGUGUUUGUUCGUCCCAGAGCUGCUAUGAUCACUUCACGUACGUCAACCGCAGUCAGUGCCAGCGAGCAGCAGAUGCUCUGAAGUGUGCUGGAAUCACAUGCCCAUCGCUGCCCGUCCCCGACUGCCCGUCUGAUUCAGUCCUGACCCGCAGCUACACGCCUCCUGCCGGAUGUUGCCCGACGGCACCUGCUCAGUGCACGUGUUCCCGCUGCCCGCCUCCUCCGGACUGCAGUGACGGGCACAGAGCAGUGCUGGUUAAAGAGGGCACCGGAGCGCCGGGAAACUGCUGCCACACCUUCACAUGCCAAAGAGUUUCUCCCAGGUGUGUUCAUGACGGGAAGGAGUUUGCGGAGGGCGAGGUGUAUCGUAUGGACCCGUGCUGGCUGUGUCAGUGUCGAGGUGGAGUAUCCUUCUGUUCCAAAGCCGAAUGUGCCAAGCUGGACUGCGAGAACUUCUACGUCCCUGAAGGAGAAUGUUGCCCCGUCUGUAUAGAUGUGGAGCUGCUGUCGGUGGAGAGCACGAAGGCGAGCUGCUGGGUGAAUCACAAGCUGCGGGCGCACGAGGAGCAGUGGAAGGAAGACGACUGCACCUUCUGCCAGUGUGUGGACGGACAGCCGCACUGCACCGCCAUGGCCUGCAAACAGAGCUGCCAGAACCCCGUCAAGAUCCCUGGAGAAUGCUGCCCGUUCUGUGAGGAGCCGUCAUAUGAGACGGUGAGCCCGCUGCUCUGCCCACCGCUGGAAAACUGCUCUCUCUCUGGGCACGACUGCCCGUUCGGCUUCCAGCAAGAUCCCAGCGGCUGUCUGCUGUGCCAGUGUGUCAGCAAUGAAACCUGUCCUGAUGUGUCCAUGUACUGCUCUCUGGAGUGUCCCAUGGGUUAUGAGAAAGACAACAACGGUUGUGAAGUGUGUGAAUGUAGCAUAUCCGCACCAAAGUGCCGGCCCUUGACCUGCAGCAAGACGUGCCCUUAUGGAUACGUGAGGAACAAACACGGCUGUGAGAUGUGCCGCUGCGUCAGGUGUCCGCCGUUCACCUGCGACAAACACUGCAUUGAUGGCUACAGGAAGAGCAGGAAGGGCUGCAGCGUCUGCGAGUGUGAAGACACAGACAGGCACGUUUCCAGCACCAGCGUCUCCGUCACGGUUUCCUACAGCUUCUGUCUGACGGCGGACGGGCGGCGAUUCGAGGAGGGUGACGGGUGGCACGACGGCUGCCGGGACUGUUACUGCCACGCCGGCCGGGAGAUGUGUGUGCUGAUAUCCUGCCCGGUGCCAACCUGCGCCCAUCCGGUGCUCCGACCCGAGCAGUGCUGCCCCGGCUGUGAGGACGAGUCAGGCAGCGGGCAGCUGGGAAUGGACAUGGUGGUGUGUCGCGCUCCGGACGGCGAACUCUACGUGGAAGGAGAGACGUGGAGUCUGGACGAAUGCACGCGCUGCACCUGCAGACAGGGACGCGUGCUCUGCGACGCUGAAGUGUGUCCUCCGCUUCUCUGUCACGCACCCGUCAAGAGCAAAGACAGCUGCUGCUCCGUCUGCCCAGAGGACAAACUCGAGCCGCUCCUCCCCGUCAACAGCAGCCGACAGGAAUACUGCAUCUCCAGCAACGGAGAGAUCCUCCUGGCCGGGGAUUCGUGGAAGUCCAACGCCUGCACCAGCUGCACCUGCCGGAACGGGAGCGUCCGGUGUUUCUCGCAGCAGUGUCCGGCCGCCGGCUGCAGGGUUCCUGUCCUGCGUAAGGGCCAGUGCUGCCCACAGUGCCUGGAGAUCACAACAACGUCAGUGCCAGUGAUGCUGUCGAGCGCCGCGGCCGAACCCGAGAGCCGGAGCACAGGGACCAGCGCCGCUCCUCCGCUCUUCACCGCCACAGAUGGUAAAGGACUAUCGAAGGUUGUCCCGAACCAGAUGGAGAUGACGCUCAUCUACCAAUCAGCAGCCUGGAUUCUGGCCGGCAUCCUCUUGGCCGUCGUCAUCUUCCUCAUCGUGGCCGUCCUGGUCAACAAGAGGAAGAACUGGGUCCAGAUGUCCUGCUACAGCGCGCCCAAAAAGACGGUGAUCCUGAAGAAGCACGUGAAUACGAACUCGGUCGUGUACAUGGAGCCGUCCAAAGAGAACAAGUUCCAGAGCGCCAUGAGCUUCCCAUCAGACGCAGAGCGGAUCACCAUCCCGCGGGCCAAACUCGCCAACGGACACGGACGCUAACCGCACCUGGACCGGAUACUCCAACCGAACGCUGGAGAAUCCAGCGGCGACUCAUUAGGAGCUUCGGUCUCCGGCAGAAGAAUCAAGUAUUGUGAAACGCUCGACAUCUCGUGCUUUAUUAAAUGUUUUUAUCACGCGUCAACGGGGACGACAGUUUCAUGGACAUGGAGCUCCGUGCCGUUCUGUGUCAAUCCACGACGAAACGUUCAGACGGAACAAUUAUUACCAUUGUGUAAAUCCAUACGGACCACAGAAAAGAGGAAUUUCCAACAUAUUCCGAGGCCUUACAGGACUGGCGUGUUUCCUGACCUCUCAAGUCUGUUUAUUAAUUUCUAUAUGUUUUACUUGUAGUUUAUCGUUAGUCACUUUUAAGCCUCGUGUCGCGACGAAGCGGGAGACACGACAUCCCGACGGCCAGACUAAACAUUCCCGUGCGUCAUGAACAGAUGAACUUCACAAGCAUCGGUUUCUGUACCCUAGUGAGUCGUCUAACUAGACAGCAUCAUGUUUAUAGUUUACAUAUUUUAUAUCUUCCAAAUUCAUCUAUAAACCAAGUCGAGGUUUUUUGGUGCCAAAAAAGGCAGAAAUUAUUUACAUUAACAUCCAUUCGUUUGACUGUUUUUUGAUACUGUAUCUUUAAGAGAUAUGUAAAUGACCUCUGCUGUGAUUGGUGGACCUCUGUCAUAUGUUAAUAAUGGUUGUGAUGUCAUAUGAAGUCAUUUUUGCGGUUUAGGUUCAAUAAACGGACUGAGGAAGACGUUUACGUAACAAACGAGACUUCAAGAGGGUUAUGAUCAUCGUGAUUCUGAUCUCAUACUAUCCAAAUGAAAAACGGCUUCAGUAAAACAUGUUAGUCUGAAUGAAUUACAUGAUGAUUAUCGUUCAGAGGGUUUUAAAUAAUGUCUGAGCCGCUCGUGGGGAAUUAGAGCGAAUGCAGUUGUUUGAUAAAUGUACAAAAACCAUAAAAAAAAUAGUAGAGGAAAGUAUCUUAUUUAUUUUUUCACAUUUAUUUAUUAAUACUAAACUUUAGUAAGUGAUUGCGAUUUCUGUCUGGUCUGUGAUGUUGGCAGAGAAACCCAAAGCUGCUGUACAGAUUUUGUAAACCGUCUGUCUGCUUAUUUAUUUGACCUUUGCCACGUGUCUAUAUGAUCCUCUAGAUGUUCGGCUGUAACGCGUACACUUGUUUUUGAAAUAAAAAUGAAUUGUGUGAACUGU